CACAUAUUCCUCGACCACAGUGAGCAAGUUCGCACUUGGACGGGCCGAUUCGAUUACCUUGGUAUCGUAAUUCCACUCUAUGGUACGACCAUUGCCAGUACGCACUUUGGGUUUCACUGCAAACCCUCAUUGCAGGAAGCCUACAGUAUUUUCGCUACUGUGACAGGCCUUGCCUGCGCACUCACAACUCUUCAUCCGUCUUUCUCUGGUCCCCAGUCCCGCCAUGUCCGCACUACGCUUUAUCUCCUUCUAGGAUCAUCAUCUUUCCUUCCAAUCGUCCAUGGGAUCUGCCUCUUUGGUGUAGAGAAUAUGAAUCGUAGAAUGGGGUUGAGCUAUUAUCUUGGGUUGGGCCUGUGCCAUGGUACCGGAGCCAUGUUGUACGCUGCGAGGAUUCCAGAGAGAUGGCUUCCGAGGCGUUGCGACGUAGUAGGAAGUAGCCAUCAAAUCAUGCACGUGCUAGUUGUGUGUGGUGCGGCGACGUACGGAGUGGGCGUUCUCGCGGCGAAGAGGUAUUGGCAGACGAGAGGAUGUGAAGUGUAG